GGUCACAAAAUGGCCUCUGACGACGGCGUGAGCUACAUCGUGCCCGGAUUUGCCGAGAAGCACCGGCGGGCCAGGAACUGGACCGACUCGGAGAUGAAGGCCCUGAUCUACGUCUGGGAGGAGUUCUACGGCGCCCUCAAGGGUUCCAAGAGGAACGCCAAGAUCUACGAGAAGAUGGGCAACCGGCUCUACGAGAUCACAGGGGAACACAGGCACCGCGAGGAGAUCAAGAUGAAGAUCACCAACAUGUCUUUCCAGUACAGGAAACUGAAGCACACGACCAACGGCGAAGGCUCGUCAGACUGGCCCUACUACAAGAUGAUCGAGAGGAUCUUAACAAAACCCCCUGCCAGUGGGAAAGCCGAACCGCUAGACCCCCAGCAGGCUGGACCGUCCACUGAGGACCCAGAGGUGUCCGGACCUGUGCCGGGAGCCUCACCUGUGCACGGUUUCAUCCCCGAGUACACAGGCUCUUCCGACGAGAAGGACCUCGUCGACGACGACGAGCUGUCUGACAGCUCUGUGAGCUUGCACUCAGCGGAUUCCAGGAGCCACUCGUUCCCGGCGAAGCGGAGACGCGUGCCGCAGCCGUCGCCCUCUCCCUCGCUGCGCAAGCGGAAGGUGCGCGUGCUGGAGGCCAUGCUGGUGGAGCAGCGGAAGACGCGGCGCGCCGUGGAGGAGACGUGCCGCGAGGUGCGCCGCGUGGUGCAGCAGCAGAACCUGCUGCAGGUGCAGAGCCAGCAGCUGCAGGAGCGCAUGAUGAACCUGCUGGAGAAGAUGGUGUGGCCGCGAGAGGCGCAGUCACCGGCCGCGGGCCUGAAGAGCUGAUGAGCCGCCGUACCGGGGAGGGGGAGGGGGGGGGGGGGGGACGACAAAGUACGGAGGCCUGGGAGGGACAUGUAGAGCGCCCGCACAAGGCAUCAUUUUGCUGUGUACACAUAGCCCUCACGUUGAGAGGGCGCCAUACUCGCAUCGUUUCAGUGUUCCGCAGCCAAGCCAAAGACUAUGGGGACAUUUCACUACAUAGGCUACAUUUGUUCUGCCUAACAUUUGUUCCGUCACUUAAGGAACUAAAGGCCUAAAUAAGGUCAGACCGUUACAUUGGGAAAUGUUGUUCCUGGAGAAAGACUGCAUAGUAUAUCUGUGAUUUGGAGGAGGGCAGUUCCAUGGAACUUCUCAUUGUUUCACUAAUGUAAAGUUCACUAAUGUAUGUUAAACCACAAUGAUAUACUGCUCCUG